CUCACCAUGUGGACCUUUCUGGGUAUCGCCUCCUUCAUCUACGUGUAUAAAAAGUGCGGAGACCUCAUGACUUACGCUAACAAGGAGGUGCUGCUCUCCGUGUUGGUGUUUUUCUCCCUUGGCUUGCUGCUGUCCUACAGGUACCGCUUCAGGGGGCCCAAGCAGCAGCGGCAGCAGAAGAAGACCCACCUGGGGAUGCUCUCUGAUGUUCUCUCAGCUUUACCACUUGUUGGCUUCUUCUGGGCCAAACCCACUCCCGGAUCUCAACAAGUUGAACAACCCAAAUCCAGAAAGGGCAAAAGAGAAGUAAACUUGUCGGAUGGGUACCUGACAGAAACUGCUCCAAAUGCAACAUUGCCAUCCCAGUACGAUCCAGAAAUUAUCAUUGUGGGAUCGGGUGUCCUUGGUUCUUCCCUGGCCACGGUGCUCUCAAGGGAUGGAAGAAAAGUGACUGUGAUAGAGAGGGAUCUGAAAGAACCUGACAGGAUAGUUGGAGAAUUGUUGCAGCCUGGAGGUUUUAAGGCACUUAGAGACUUGGGUCUUGAAGAUACAGUAGAAGGUAUUGAUUCUCAACUAGUAAAUGGUUACAUAGUUCAUGACAUAGAGAGCAACUCAGAGGUUGAAAUUCCUUAUCCGACAUCUGAGGAUGGCUGUGUGGCGAGUGGAAGAUCUUUUCAUCAUGGCCAGUUCAUCAUGGGUCUCCGAAAGUCAGCUAUGGCAGAGCCCAAUGCAAAAUUCAUUGAGGGCACUGUGUUACAAUUGCUCGAGGAAGAUGACUGUGUUGUGGGUGUUCAGUACAAGGACAAAGAAACUGGAGACACUAAGGAGCUUCAUGCACCACUUACUGUUGUAGCUGAUGGACUUUUCUCCAAGUUUAGAAAAAACUUGGUCUCCAACAAAGUUACUAUCUCAUCCCAUUUUGUUGGUUGCAUUUUGAAGGAUGCACCACAGUUUAAAGCUAAUUAUGCUGAACUUGUUUUGGCUAGAACUAGUCCAGUACUAAUCUAUCAGAUUUCUUCAACUGAGACUCGGGUCCUUGUUGAUAUUCGAGGGGAAAUGCCAAAAAAUUUGAAAGAAUACAUGGUUAAGAACAUUCAUCCACAAUUACCUGAUCACUUAAAGGAACAAUUCUUGAUAGCAGUUCAGAAUGAUCGUUUAAGGACUAUGCCAGCCAGCUUCUUGCCUCCUUCAGCUGUAAACAAAAAAGGUGUUCUUCUUUUAGGAGAUGCAUAUAAUAUAAGACACCCUCUAACUGGUGGAGGAAUGAGUGUUAUUUUAAACGAUGUUAAAAUAUGGAGAAGUUUGCUCCAGGAUAUUCCAGACCUUUAUGAAGAUUCUGACGUUCUUAAGGCAAAAAGAACAUUUUACUGGUCAAGAAAAAAGUCUCAUUCAUUUGUAGUGAAUGUUCUUGCCCAGGCACUUUAUGAACUCUUUGCUGCCACAGAUGAUUCCUUGCAUCAGCUAAAGAAAGCCUGUUUCCAUUACUUCAGACUUGGUGGAGAAUGUGUCUCGGGUCCGGUUGGAUUGCUGUCUGUGUUAUCUCCUAAGCCAAUGGUACUGAUUGGCCACUUCUUUGCUGUGGCACUAUACGCUGUUUAUUUUUGCUUUAAGUCAGAGUCCUGGAUCACCAUGCCUCGAGCAUUUUUCAAUAGUGGAGCUAUUCUUUACCGGAGUUGUUCUAUAAUAUUUCCACUUAUUUACUCUGAAAUGAGGUAUUUAGUCUACUAAAAUCCAGGAGGAAAUGACUGGAGGAAGAAAACAUGAAAAUCACGCUGCCUUCAAAAUCUUUGGACAUGUACUAUUUAAUAUUGUUUUGUGUUUUCUUCUUUUUGAAAUGCAAUUUCCUUGAUAAGGAUUUGACUUAAUUUUGGUUUUGUGGUUAUAUGUAUAUAUAUUACAUGUAAAUAUUCUUUUCUUUGCAAUUAAAAUUCAUAAAGGAGUUAGCUGUUUACAAGGAUGGUAAUUAUGUGUUGGCAUGUGGUAGAUAAUUGCCAGUUUUGUCAGAAUUUCAUUCCUUGCUUUAUCCAUUGCUGAGUGCACCACUAUUAUUAAUAAACUGAAAAAGAUUAAAACUGUAAACCA